AUGAGCGAAGAGAAACAAGAUCUCGAGGACUACAUCCAGUACAACUUUGACGAUAUUCCCUCGUUCAAACUUGCACUUUUCCUCGCAAAUGGCAAAAUUGAGGUUAAAGUAGCGCUUGGAGAAGUGGAAGAGGCAAGUUUCCCGCAGUUUUAUUGGAUAAAACUGAAAGAACUUUCAGAAUUUUCUCGAAGGCAUUCGAAAGGCUUCAACUUCUUCAACUCUCGGCGCUUCUGUGCAUAUUGGCGAGCGAGAAUUUGUGCGAAAAUCGUUGGAAUCCGACAAAAUCUACGUGGCAGCCAGCGAGAGCUCCAGUAUUUUCAUGCAAUCCGUCGCCGAAAACACUUUUGUCGUUUAUUGUUGUGGAGUGUCCUGCGAUAAGGAUGAGCACCGAAUUAGAGAGCUUAUUCAUGGGUUGAUGGCUUGA